AAUAUUAUAUAUAUGUAGUUUAAAAAUGCAUAAUGAAUAUAUCAGUCUUCAGGUAUAAAUAGUUACAGUGUAUUUUGUCUAUUUAAUUGUGUUACUACAGCAACUUUCAGAGUUAAGAGAAUGUUGGGAGUUGAGAAAUUUCUAAAAACACUCUUAGGGAAAUUAUUUUGGGUCUAGGAAAGGUCAAUUUUUUAGUGCUCCAAUAAUGUGUGUCAUAGCUCCUCUUGAAAAGUUUUCAGAAAUUCUAAGAAAAAUGUACAAUAGCAAAGGAGAUAGGUAGGAAGAAAUGCCUAAUGAUUAUGAGACCCAGUCUCAAGUUGUAUAGCAGUUAUACUUGAAUUCUUUGGAUCUUUUGAUCUUUUUCAACUCGCUAUAGUAAGGCACUCAUAGUUUGUCUCUACUUUGCCUUUUAAUAUGUCACUUGAGCAGAUACUUGUCCUCUAACCAGCAAGUAGAAUUGAUUCUCUUUUUGCUUCAUUAUAAUUUUUGAUGCAGAAUUAUGGUAGAUAUAGUCAUGCUUGUUUUUCAUGAGAUACUUAUUUAGCGUGGAUUACUACAUCAGUGGGAAGGUAAGAAGUUAAUCGCUUAAUUCUAAUAUGUUUAGAAGAGUUUCUUUCUGAUUUGGCACAUGGACAGUGACAAUGACCUCUCUGUGUUCCCUGGUUUUCCAGGGGUUUGCUCUAGGUAUUAGUACAGCAGAAUUUGUUUGCUAAGGUGGCCCAUCAUGGAACUUUAGUCUCUGGUUAAGUAGAUGUUAAUGGACAAUGGCAUGUCCAUUACUCCUUCUUUUACCCUAUUACUAACCCAUUUGAUUCAACUUCCCUUGCCUAUCAAGUAAGACCAUUAAAGAAGCUGGACAUCAAGUUUCAAAUGAAUGACACUUUAUAUAGGGAAAGAUAGAAAGAAGGGAAGAGAUGAGAUGUACAUUAUCAAAUACUCUGAAACGUUAAGAAUUGUGGAAACUGUGAGUUUCAUAGGGGGUUUGAGACAAAGUACACUAUAUCCCCAUUCUAGUUUUUCUUUUUUAUUUUAAAGUCAGAUUUGCUUCACUUCUUUGGGUCUUUGUUUCUUCCCAUACAAAAUAGAGGUAUAGAAGAGGCAAUUUCUUAAAAGUCAAGAGCGAUCUUAGAAAUUAGCCAUUUUACAACUAAAGAAACUGAACCAAAAGAAGUUAAUUUGUUUUACCCAAGGUUACACACUUGGUUAGUACCAGAGCUACGACAGAGACAGUCUCUGUUUACUUCAUUUCUUACUGUACUGCUCCACUGCCAUUUCCACUUCUUCCUACGGCUGUUAGCAUUCUGUGACUUUAGGAGGGAUUUUCAGCCCCUUCACUUUCCUGAUGCCUGGGAAUUCUUAUUAAGCUAUGACUAACAAAGUAUAAAAUAUGAGUCAAAAGUUAGUCCCUAAUAAAGUCAUUGUGACUUUAAUGACUUUGGCAGUUGUUUCAUACUGCGAAAACAGGAAGAUCCUACACAAUAAGGCGCCUGUCUCACAGCUGGGCUCCUGCGUAGUAGCCGGCCACCCACAAGAGUAACUGCUGGGGCUGUCUUCCUCUCUUUGACACCUUUUUAUCCCUGUCCUUACAGUUUUAUCCUACUGUCUUCAUCAUGAAGUUAUCAAUGAGAGGAAAGUGCCUGCUUUAUCUAAUCUUCCGUAGGCUGAUCACUUAGAAUUCACUCCUAAGUGAUUUCCAGUUCAUCCCAACAAGCCUAAUUCAUCAUAAAAGUAGCUCUUUCAUGUGCUUGAUACCAAGCGUCUUGGAUUGUUUCAUUCUUAGAAACACAAAAUCACCAAAUUUAGAUUUGAGAAGAUGUGGAGAUCAUUCCAGUUCACCCCUCCUGUGUGACUGGUGUAGCUAAGACUGUAUUUGGCUCCCUGUGGAUCUUCGCACAAAACUCAAACUAGUCCUCCAAUGAGAAAUACAGAAAAAUGAUGAAGUAGUCCAUCACUUCAGAAGAAACUGGCUUUGAAGAAAAUAAUCUCUGUAUGUAGCUUUGAAACUAAAGAAAAAUGAAAGCCAUCAAACAAAAUGUUUGGAAUUGAAUUUCAGGUUUUGCUAGUUAUCCUAUAUUUUUAAAUGACUUCUCAGUAUGAAAGGAACGUAUUUUUAAAACAUCACAGAUGAUUUUAUAGAGAAGGUAUAGUCUAGGCAAAUAAUAUUAAAUCAUUUAUGUAGAAAAUAAUACCUUCUUACCUUUUCAAAAAAGAGCUGCAAUUUCUAGCAGGGUUUGCAAACCUAAUGUUGGGCAUAAGCUUAAUACGGCAUUGGAGGAAUUUGUGUUACUAAGGGUUGAUUCACAAACUUUGCUUGUCUGUGUUGAAAAGGGGCUUUGGCCAUUUCCUCUGGGACAUUAUUUCUAGGUAGGCUCUAACAGGGUUUUCUUUGAAGGCAGAUUCUUACAGAAAAAUAGUAUCUCUGUACAUGAGACACAUUUAUCUUUGAAAUAGUGUGCUCCUGUUUGUGGAGUUCUGUACUGCAUUUGAUAAAGUAAAUAAUGUCCAUUCCUUUGCAAUCUUGUAACCCUUUGGGACAUAGUUUCACUCAGGAGCUGUUUUACCUUCAUAUCUGGACUAAACACCUAAUUUGAUAAAUAGACAGGGAGAUUCCAAAAGUCUUAGACUGUAAAACUCCAAAGGAUGAUAAAUGCUUCUCUUCCUUUGUUGGUGACUUAUUCUUAUUUCCACUUUGAGUUGUUUUUCUCAGUAGUAUAGGAGUUUUGUUUUCUGGGAAAUAUUGGUUGCUGGUAAAUAAUAUGUCCAAGCUGUAGGAGGCUGCAAUAAAAUUUAUCAUAGAAUUAUGAAAGAUUAGGGCUGAGAAGCUGAGAUCCUAAAAUUGUGCGUCAUUCUCGUUUUACACAUGCGGGGUGGCAUGACUUCACAGGACUGUUAGUGAGAGCUGAGAAUGAAAGUCAAGAUCCGCCUGCUACUUCAUGGCUGCCUCUGGCUUCCCAGAAACAACUCUUAGAUGGGAGUCAGACGCUGAAAGCCCAGCUAAGCCUCGCUCCUCGUCUGUCUCCUCAGCCUUAAUGUCAAACAUAAUUCAUAUCCAUUCCACUCCUUGGUGUGUCUCGUCACACAGGCCAACAUAAUCAUACUAACUGGAAUCUAUGUUACUAGAAUGUAAAAGAUACCCCCUGUCUGGUCCUUGAAGGCCAUGUCUGCUUUCCUGAGUUUGUACAGAGCACAACAUAAAUGGGCCCUUCAUAAGUGCUUUUUGAUGAGAGCAAUGAUUGCCUUAGUCAGUGUGGUUGGGCCCUCCCUUACAGAGGAGGAAAACCAAUGGUUGUUGCUAAGCAACAUUUAAAGCACUAGCUUGGUUUCUGACACUAAGUGACCUCCAUUUGCGUACUUCAUCAUGUGUGUUUUAUGGUUGCCUAAAGAUGACUGUGUUUUGGUGGCAUUGCCAUGCCCUUAGCAAAAGGCUCAUAGAAGAACUAGUUUAGGCAUGGAAAGGAAGGAGGUGAUAGUCAUCUGUUAAAGACUUACAUGAGUACACUGACCCCUUCUGUAAGUAUGCAGGAAAGAUGAGGAGUUUGGUUUAUUUUCAGCCCUGUAGCUGAGAGUAACCUCCCUGAUCCCAUGUCAGGACUGAUUGACAAUGUAUCUCCACAGUGUCCUGUUGCAACAGGAGGCUAUAGAAAGAAAGAGAAAAAAAAAUCUUUCCUCCUCUAGCUUUUUAUGAUUCAAUUUUUACCUGCUUUUAUCUUCUAAGCUGAGGGACCAAUGUGGCUAAUAAAGAACUGUCCCCAUUCUCUUCAAACUGUCAACUGUUGUGGUUAACCAAUGUGCUCUGAUAUAUCUGACUAGUACUACUAGAAUGAAAGCUGAUUAAAAGCAUGAAAAGAAAAAAAAAAAGCAUGAAAGCAUGAAAAGUGUUUUUGUUUGUUUUCACUGCUAUAUCUUCACUGCUUUGCCAGGUCAUUUUAGGUAUUCAAUAAAUAUUUGUCAAAUACAUGAUAAAAUGGCAUUAUUGAACGACUACAAACCUGAUUGACUUCAAAAUAUUCCUGCGUAUUUCAGAGAGACCAAAGGAACCAAAAUUAGAUGAUUUUUUUUUGAAUGUUAGAUUUGACUAAAUCUAGUGCAGAGAAAAUUAUGGGAGAAAUCAUCUGUCUUUAAGGUCUUUACAAGAUAUUUUAACAGCAGUUCUAGUAAAGUUUGCUUCUCUGCCAAAAUUCAGCUGAUAGAUCAGAGCAUAUAAACCUGUCUCUUCCAGCUUCUAAGUUUUCAGUGUAAGUGCCUGUCUUUUAAGGACCUGAAAAUGAGAGGCCAUUUUGACUGAGCAGUUGUGUCUUUAAAAAUAAAUAACUUAGAAUUUGUGUGAUUCACGUGGAAUUCAAAAUUGCACAGAGUUCAACAAGUAAAAUACACUACUAGCUGUGAUGAUUGAUUCAGCGAUCCCUGGUUACUAUUAUUAACAUAUUGUAUAAUGAGAGACACACACACAUACACAAACAGGGUUACCCAGAAAGGGGGUGAUUGAACGUCUCUGAGGACACUGGAUCGUGCAGUGAGCCAAUAGGCAGCAACACUGACUUGUAUUGGCUUCCCCUCAAAGGCCAGGUCUCCUGGGCAUGAUCAAUGGCAUGACCCAGGGCUUGGAUGCUUGAAGUGAAGCUAUUGUUGGAUGUGGGAUGUUCAUGUGAAAGAGGAAUGCCUCAUAAGAAAGAGAGCCAAUUGCAAGUUGGGGCUGUUGCCAUGGUGCUUUGCUAUUCUCUCCACCUCAACUUGCUAUAAAUGAACUCCUGGAAGUCCAGGGGUAGAGUAACAGAGGGGAGGGAGAAGGAGGAGAGUGGGAUGGGCCUGGGUAGGGAAUCCCACUGCAGUAGGGCUCUAGUCUUAGACUUUCCCCUUCCCUGCGCUCUAAUGCUCACAGAAAGAGAGAGAGAGAGAGAGAGACAAAGAGAAAGAAAGAGAGAGAAAAACCUACAAGAAAGGAAUGGCUUUCUUGACAUGCCCCAGGGUGCUAAAAUAAAGUAAAAUUAAUUUAACUCCUCAAUAUUUCUAACAUGAAUUAGAAGAGGUAACACUAAAAAAACCAAACAAGCAUAGUCACUCAUAACUCCAAAUAAUUCACCAUUCAUUCGGCAAUGUCAUAUUUCCUAACACACUGCAGAUCCCAGAUAAAGGUUAAAUGAGUUUAAUCUAUUUGUCAAAGGCAAUCAAAUAUGCAUAUUAAUGAGCUGAUGGAGUGCAGAAAAUUGCAGGCUGUGUAUGAAAUGCUUUUCAAAUGAAAUAAAUUAAUUCCAUUCCCAUUCAUUUUAUUGUGAAAAAAGGGCUAAAUGCAUUAGAACACCUUUAGUGGGCAAAUGCCUUCAAAAAGCUAGUAUUAAAAAAAAAAAAGCCUAAUCUGAAAACAGCCACAAUUCUAAUCUUUUUGGGUUUGUUUUUUUUUUUUCAGUUUUUGUUUAAAUGUUCAGAAAGAAAAUUAAUCAAAUGUACCAUCACUUUGAAACAAUUAGAGUGGCUGAGCCUGCCUCUGCAGAGCGCUGGUCUGCAGUGGAGAGAGAGGGUUAAGGAAUACCUAGUUGAAAUGGGGGAGGGUACUGACUUCAGAUUUACUUAAAUAUUCAUGGGGCUUCCUCCAUUUUAAUCUUCUCCUUUUAAAAGAUGGCUGUGUUUCCCAGUCUGGCAACUCCGCAGGAAAGAAGAAUUGCUCCUUCCUUGCAGAGUUCAGCUGAGUAGGACUAAUGUAGAGUGGAAACCCCUUCAGCCACCAGGACUAUUCAUAAUUCAUAAGUGCUUCAAACCAGCCAGCUGAAUGCAUUUGGACAGGCUCUUGCUCCUUCGUGCAAUUCCUGAUUUCAUUACUCUCUUCUGCCAGGAAAUAGGCAGGGAGCAUAGGCUUCUUGCAAGAAUGGUGUGCGAAGAUGGGCUUUGUUUGGAUUAGGAAAUGCCAUAGAUUUUGGAGGUUUUGUCUUUUCUAAGUUUUGAUUAUUUUACCACUGGAUCUGCAGGGCUUUCCUGAUCCUUUCGGGAUUGCUCUCUGAGAACUGUGAAUUCUUUCAAAGAGAUUUGUGGAUUGUGGCAAGAAGAACAUUCCAAAAUGCCUGAGGCAAACUAUUUGUUAUCUGUAUCUUGGGGUUACAUCAAGUUCAAAAGAAUGCUGAACCGGGAGCUGACACACCUCUCAGAGAUGAGCCGAUCAGGGAACCAGGUGUCUGAAUACAUUUCAAAUACUUUCUUAGACAAGCAGAAUGAUGUGGAGAUCCCAUCUCCCACGCAGAAAGACAGGGAGAAAAAGAAGAAGCAGCAGCUCAUGACCCAGAUAAGUGGAGUGAAAAAGCUGAUGCAUAGUUCAAGCUUAAACAACACAAGCAUCUCACGCUUUGGAGUCAACACAGAAAAUGAAGAUCACCUGGCCAAGGAGCUAGAAGACCUGAACAAAUGGGGUCUUAACAUCUUCAAUGUGGCUGGAUAUUCACACAAUCGGCCCCUAACAUGCAUCAUGUAUGCUAUAUUCCAGGAAAGAGACCUCCUAAAGACAUUCAAAAUCUCAUCUGACACCUUUGUAACCUACAUGAUGACUCUAGAAGACCAUUACCAUUCUGACGUGGCCUAUCAUAACAGCCUCCACGCUGCCGACGUGGCCCAGUCAACCCACGUGCUUCUUUCUACACCAGCAUUAGAUGCUGUCUUCACAGACUUGGAAAUCCUGGCGGCCAUUUUUGCAGCUGCCAUCCAUGACGUUGAUCAUCCUGGAGUCUCCAAUCAGUUUCUCAUCAACACAAAUUCGGAACUUGCUUUGAUGUAUAAUGACGAAUCCGUGCUGGAAAACCAUCACCUUGCCGUGGGUUUCAAACUGCUACAAGAAGAACAUUGUGACAUCUUUUCCAAUCUCACCAAGAAGCAGCGCCAGACGCUCAGGAAGAUGGUUAUUGACAUGGUGUUAGCAACCGAUAUGUCUAAACAUAUGAGCCUGUUGGCAGACCUGAAGACGAUGGUAGAAACCAAGAAAGUUACAAGUUCAGGCGUUCUUCUGCUGGACAACUAUACUGAUCGUAUUCAGGUCCUUCGCAACAUGGUACACUGUGCAGACCUGAGCAACCCCACCAAGUCCUUGGAAUUGUAUCGGCAAUGGACAGACCGCAUCAUGGAGGAGUUUUUCCAGCAAGGAGACAAAGAGCGGGAGAGGGGAAUGGAAAUUAGCCCGAUGUGUGAUAAACACACAGCUUCGGUGGAAAAAUCCCAGGUGGGUUUCAUUGACUACAUCGUCCAUCCACUGUGGGAGACCUGGGCAGAUCUGGUACAGCCCGAUGCUCAGGACAUUUUGGAUACUUUGGAAGAUAACAGGAACUGGUAUCAGAGCAUGAUACCCCAGAGUCCCUCCCCACCGCUGGACGAGCAGAACAGGGACUGCCAGGGUCUGAUGGAGAAGUUUCAAUUUGAACUGACCCUCGAAGAGGAGGAUUCAGAAGGACCUGAGAAGGAGGGAGAGGGCCACGGCUAUUUCAGCAGCACAAAGACACUUUGCGUGAUCGAUCCAGAGAACCGGGAUUCCCUGGGAGAGACUGACAUAGACAUUGCAACAGAAGACAAGUCCCCGGUCGACACAUAAUCGCCCUCUCUGUGUGAAGACGAACAUUCCACCCUUGAUGAGCAUGCCAGCUGUGUGGUAGCGCCAGCCCACCAUGGGGGCCGAGGCCUGCACAGGACAAAGGCCACCUGGCCUUUCCAGUUACUUGAGUUUGGAGCCAGAAUGCAGGACCGUGAAGCAAAUAGCAGCUCAGGAAAUCCCACGGUUGACUUGCCUUGCCUGCAAGUGUGGCGGAGGGCUGAAGCUUCAUGUGUUACUAGAGGCCGGUUCUGAUCACGACUAAAUGGCUUGAAAAUGGAAGACACAAAACUGAGAGAUCAUUCUGCACUAAGUUUUGGGAACCUGUCCCUCCAAGUGACUGAACUGACUAAUAACUUCAUUUAUGAAUCUGCUCACCUGUCCCUUGUCUGCCAACCUGUGUGCCUUUUUUGUAAAACAUUUUCACGUCUUUAAAAAUGCUUGUUGAAUACCUAGAGUUUAGUAUCAACUUCUACACAGAUAAGCGUUCAAAGUUGACAUAACUUUUCUGACUCUUUCUGGAAAAAAAGAAAAGGAAAGAAAACCGUCUUCCUUCUUUCUUGGGCAAUAUCUUUCACUUUACUACGGUUACUUUGGCAAACAGAAAGGAUACACUUCUAACCACAUUCUCCUUCCUUCCCCUCUUGUCCAAUCUAACUCCCCAGUUCUUACAACUUAUCUCUGUUUGCCUGCUUCAAACAAUAUUUUCUCUCUUCUGGAGUUUCACUCUUUUGCUGUAAACAGAAUAAAGUUGAACAAACUCGGGAGUAGGAAGGGGUAGUUGUUUUGUUCACCAUAAGAGUCUGCGUAGAAAUCAACUUAAUAAGGCCGUGUGCCCUGCCGUGUCCUGAACCCCUCUGCCACUAGAGUCGCAUGGUCCCACCCUGUUCUCCCUCCUCUAUCCACCCGACUACAUGUGCUGUUUUCAACUUAAUGCUGCCGUCUUUCUCUUGCACUGCCUUCUGCGUUAACACCUCCAUUCCUGUUUAUAACCAUGUAUUUAUUACUCAAUGUAUAUAAUGUAAUGUUUUGUAAGUUAUUAAUUUAUAUAUCUAACAUUGCCUGCCAACGGUGGUGUUACAUUUGUGUAGAAAACUCUGCCUAAGAGUUGCAACUUUUCCUUGUAACGUUUUGUAUUGUGUAUUACGUAACCCUAACAUGGCUUGAGAGAGACAUACGGCCCCCUUGGCAGUGAGGAUGGGGCUGGGCUUCUGUUCAGAGGGUCUGCUCCUUCCUUGUCUGAGUUGCUGAUACUGUACAACCCCUCUAAGAACCGGUUUUGGAAACAGGACUCUCACAUUAGAUACUAAAUGGUUUAUACUGAGCUUUUACUUUUGUAUAGUUUGAUAGGGGCAGGGAGCAGGGGGGAUGUAGUUUUCACCCAUGUUCUAUCCAAAUCUGAGUAUGCAUGAGUUGGGUUAUAACUGGGUUCUACUAUAAUUGCGACUUCGGUUGAAAAAGCAACACUACAUUUGCUCACAGGUAAUUCUUCUGAGUGUUCCCAAACUACUGACUUAGAAGAGCUAGCCUCCUGCCUGCCAUUAAGCAGGAAUGUCAUGUUCCAAUUCAUUACAAAAGAAAACAAUAAAACAAUGUGAAUUUUUAUAAUAAAAUGUGAACUGAUGUAGUAAAUUAUGCGAAUGUGAAGCUUCUUCUGAUAACACUUGUGAGGCCUCUUACUGGUGUCAGUUUUCAGUUUGUAAAAAAAUGUUUCAUGCUUUCAGUUCAGCAUUGUGACUCAAUAGUUAAAGAAAAAAAUGGCACAAAUGUGCGUGCCCAAUGGGUUUGUAUGUCUAUGAACACUGCAUUGUUUCAGGUGGACAUUUCAUCAUUUUUCAGAAGUUUCUCACAAUGUAUGUUAUAGUAUUAUUAUUAUUAUAUAUUGUGUUCAAAUGCAUUCUUAAGAGACUUUUAUAUGAGGUGAAUAAACAAGAGCAUGAUUAGAUUA